CACUAGAAGUCUGACUGAAGUGCUUUCCUCCCACUUUACUUGUAGCCUCCCGGCUAACACAAAGCUCCUCACUCCAAGAGAAGCUCUUUGGCAUCAACUACCAAGAGAAGGGACCUCAAGCACGCAGGAGAAGUCGUCUUCAAAGAACCAAUACUCCAAGGGGAGCUCGCCCAUCUCAUGCAUGGAGCUAACAAAGAGCAACAUGGGACUACUCCUAUUCUAUAUCUCCAUUUUUACCACCUUCUUAACUCAAUGUGGAGCAAGAGGCUUGAGGCACUUCGAGUUGUACACAUCUUCAGAUCCCUACUCCUCCUCCCAUACGAUCCAUCUUCCUUACUGCGUCAGCCCUCCUCUUGCUCCUCUGCCACCUUCGGCUGCUGUACCAACUCCAACAAUCUCCAUCCAAUCUUCACCACCACCUCCCAUAUCCUACUCCCCACCAAGUCUCACUCCAAAUCCACCAGAAACGGUGCCCGGCCCACCAACUUGCAUACCAGGCCCACCUGAGUACGAGCUCGGGCCACCCAGUUACGUCCCAAGCCCACCACAAUUCAUCCCCGGCCCGCCGCUAUUCGAACCACCGGUGGUGUACCCGCCUCCAUUGGCGCCGCCGCAGCCCGGGGCUGCCCUACGCAGCCUCUGGUGCGUUGCGAAGCCCACGGUGCCGGACCCGAUCAUCCGAGAGGCUAUGAACUAUGCUUGCGGCUCGGGCACCAACUGCGACCCGAUCCAGCCCAAUGGUGCCUGCUACCAGCCCGAUACAAUAUUAGCCCAUGCUUCGUUUGCAUUCAACAGCUACUGGCAGCAGACGAAGGCGGCCGGAGGGACGUGUGAUUUUGGCGGCACAGCAAUACUGAUCACCACCGAUCCAAGUGAGCACACGGCUAUGAGUCGUGUCAUUUCAACCUUUUGUGAACUUAUACCCAAAUAUUGCACAGCAAUCCAAUGGUCAUUUCGAGACCAAAAUAAGUGUAGCACACAAACACAGUUUUUUCCGAAGUUUUGGGUAGGACUUUAAAGCUGUUGUCAACCUUACACUUGGUUCGUAUUGUGUACCAUGUUUUGGUUCUUACAUCUUUGGUGGUGGGAGGCCAUGAAGUCAUUGGUUUCAUCUUCUAUAUAUCCUCAAGACUUGUAAGAAUGUUGUAGCAUUACGUUUCUUUUCUUUUGAAUAGAACUGCUGAAAUUUAUUACGCUUUGUAUUGCAACGAUUUACAUGAAAAAAUUGAAGGAUAAGUAAAUUCCUAAA